AUGGGUCGUUUGCUUUGCCGGGGUGCAUUCAGCGCGAUCGUGUGGGGUCUGCCCGGAUGGAGGGUGUUCAAAGCCAGAUCGGGAUAUCUCGAGAAUUUCACCGUGAAUGAAGCAGAGUACAACGGCCUUCCGUUGGAACUCGACAUGUUAGCGGGUCUUGAUCCGCCUAGUGAUCUGCGGAGAUUCCAACCUAGUGAUCCGGCAAGUACGGGGCGAGAUCAAUUGCAAGGCACCCGGUCUGACGCUAUUGAAGCGGAGGGCCUCGAUCGCCUGAGGAAAUGGAGUGAUCAUGAGCUAGUACAUGUGAAGAGAGACUGGAAUGGGAGUGCCGAUAGUCUAGCGAGCGCCGUUCUGCAACGACAAGGCGGGAUCAAGGUCCAGGGUGGUCCCGAAUACCAAGAUCUGGUUACCCUGAAUCGGCUGGACGAGAUCCUUAUUCACAAGACCGAGAUCCCGUGGUGCGAGCUGUAG